CAAGUUCGCAAGAGCCAGCUUCUUGAACUAUAAGAACGCUGUAUCGCUGCCAAAGAGAUCAUCACAUACCCAAGCUUCCACAUCCACCACAACGAAUCCAGACUACUAUCUGCAGAAGAAGCGCCUCGAAAAUGACGGUCACGUUCGUAUCGCUAGCUCUCGUGGCUGCUCUUCAGAUGCUGCCAGCGGCGGCACAGAACUUGUCCUAUGGAGCCAACAACUUCUACCGCAGCGACAACGUCACGGUGCAUCCGAUCACCUUUCCCAGUCAAUACCAGAUGACCGUGGCGGGCAACCUUUUCCUACCCGACAAUCUCGAUCGAAGCAUCAACGCGUCCGCUAUAGUCGUCGGUCAUCCAAUGGGAGCCGUGAAGGAACAGAGUGCAAACCUGUACGCCACCAAGAUGGCGGAGCAAGGGUUCGUCGCUAUGUCGAUUGAUGUUUCCUUCUGGGGAGGCAGCGACGGCGAGCCAAGAAACGCCGUAUUGCCAGACGUCUACGCCGAGAGCUUCAGUGCUGCAGUCGAUUACCUAGGUCUACAAGACUACAUUGACCGCGAGCGUAUCGGAGCUAUCGGUAUCUGUGGCAGUGGCUCCUUUGUCCUCAGCGCAGCAAAGAUCGAUCCGCGCAUCAAGGCUAUCGCGACAGCCAGUAUGUAUGACAUGGGGGCUGUAAGCCGCAACGGAUUACAGAGAUCGCAGAGCGUCGAGCAACGCAAGCAGGUCAUUGCAACGGCGGCGGCGCAACGUUGGGUAGAGGCCAGCGGUGGAGAAACGGAGUAUACGGGUGGAACUCCUCAUGUUCUCACCAAUGAGACCGAUCCAGUUUCACGCGAGUUCUACGACUUCUACCGCACAUCCCGAGGCGAGUUCACACCUGCAGGUUCUGCACCAAACCUCACCACCCACCCUACGCUCUCCAGCCAGACCAAGUUUAUGAACUUCUAUCCCUUUAGCGACCUCGAUACCAUAUCCCCACGUCCAGUCAUGUUCAUCUCUGGCGACAUGGCACAUUCGCGCGAGUUCAGCGAAGAUGCGUAUGAGGCUGCGGCAGAACCAAAGGAGCUAGUUUGGAUUCCAGGCGCUGGCCAUGUGGACUUGUACGACCGCGUUGACCUGAUCCCCUUUGGCAGGCUCACAGAGUUCUUCCAGCAGAACUUGAGUGAGUAGAGGACGAGCUAGACCAUCGCGUGUGUCAACAAGCGAGCUCACCAUCGUAUUCGAAGUGGUUUGGAAAGAUGUUUCUGUGUUUUAGUAAUA